AGGGUUGUGGAGGAUCUUAGAAGUUGGGCUAAUGUUUGCGGCCCAAUAAUAGUGUGAAGAAGAGUUUCUCCGCUUCAAUUCGGAAUUUCCAGGCGAAUAACAUCACCGGCAAAUUUCGCGGAGAAACUUCGCCGAAGAAGCAAGUUAUGGCCGGCAUGGUUGCGGUGGCAGGAUCGCGACGGUGGAAUGCGUUUGUCCAAGCUUUAGUUCUGAUAUCACUAUCAUUUCCUGCUCUCUCCAGCGCUUAUCGACCAGGAGAUAUCGUCCGGAUGAGCAAGAUGGGGCAGUAUCACUCUUCGAGAACCACUUGGCAUGAUGUGAUCGGAAAGCACUGCCCGAUCUUCGCCGUUAAUCGCGAGGUGUUGAUCCCCAUAGCGAAACCAAUUGGCUACACCGGAACUGAUCCGUAUAAGAUAAAAUUCCAAGUUGGAAGUGAGAAAUUCCAAAUUCACUGGCUUUUGGUGAUAAACCGUAAGAGCUCAGAAGUUCCGAUGAUUGAUGUAGAUUUGAGAUAUUCUGGAGGAGAUUUGCUUGGAGUCACAGCUCAAGUUAUCGAUAUGCCUCUUAGCUAUGUGAAUACACACCCGGAGAUCCGCAAACAGUUCUGGGAUCCUCAACACUGGCCAAAACAUGUUCUUGUUAGAUACACUUGGAAGGAGCAGUCAGAGAUUGAUGUAUCCUCGGGAUUUUACGUCCUCUUUGGCUCAGCUCUCACAUUCUCAUUUGUACUCUCCAUUUACGUCUUACAAUCUUCACGGGAGAAGCUGGCGAGGUUUGUAAGAGAGACGGUUGUGGAAAGCAGCUCAAUAGCUGGAGAAAUUGGGAAGGUGGAGUGAGAGUCAUAGUCAAGUAUAUGUAUGUUGCUGCUACUGUUUAGUAGAUGCUGGAAUCUGUCUUCCAAUUCUAUCUAUCUAGGAUCAACUUUAUUUGCUUAAAAAAUAUUCUUUUUUUUACCAGAAAAAGAAGAGAUUUUUGUCAAACUUGAAUAGUCGAAAGCAAAGCUAUGUCCUUGUCAUAGGUUGAGUUUAAAAUAUAUACUCAAAUUUCUUG